UCUUCUUCUUUUAACUAGAAAAGUCCGUAUACUUCUGGAUGCGUGCGACUCAUCCUGGUACAAGCCUCUUUCCGACGGAGAAGCGUCAACAGGAGUGUCAUUCAUCCCGGUACAGCCGUAGGUGCAGGUGCAAUACGGCUAAUAUUCGUUCCAGCUCUCGUUGCAGGGAGCGACUGUACGCGGAGAGUGGUGGACAGAGACAGACUGUGGAAUGGUUGCCUGCAGAGCUGCUAGCUGAGUAGCUAUAACUACAUAUAGGCACGCCGGCGCUAGGCCCACAGCUGGCCUUCGGGCUGAGCCCCCGAAGCUUGAUACAUAGCUAUAAUGCUAUAGAUAUGUUUUGGGAGUGGCAGCAAGAAUAAGUUGGCACAGC